UGCAAGUCAAUAACAUGACAACACCUAACAUCCCCCAGAUACCUAAUAUAUUUUUUGCAGUUCUUUAAUAAGAUUAGUAUAUGCUGGCUGCCAUAGCGUUCACAAUUUGGGGAUGUAUGUGUUUUAUUGUAAUGUCUCUGUAUGUGUUUGAAAGCUGGCUAAAAUUCAUGAUCCUCAACUCAUUGUCAUGGAAAUACUUUGUUGAUUAGAGAAAGCCCUCGAAGGUUAGGGGAGGAACUGGUGAGAACUGUACUUUAGAGAUUCUGGAGGAUACAGUAUGUUGUUCUGUUGUUGUCAAAACUGGUUCAAUAAUCAUGGCUUAUUUAGCUGUAAUGCUGACGGUUGUGUAACUGUAGAUGAUGGACCCUUGCAGGGUCCAUUAUGCAGGAACGUCCAUUAAGUGGCCUAUAUAGCGCUGCUAAAAACUGCAGCCUGGAUGCACUCGAGCAGUUUUUGUCAAUAACGCUUAAGAUAUUGAGAGAUGGUUGUUUUAACCAGUCUUAUAUCAAAAUGCGGAAAUUAUAAUUUGAAGUCUUUAAUGGUCGUUAAAUUCUGGACAUUAAAUUGUCUUUCAGUGUGACAACAUGAUGGCCCGGAAAUGUCGGUGUCAGCAGCCCUUGACAGGUACCUCUGUGCAUACUAGCGUUAUUACAAAGGCCUCAAACAUGCAUGUUGUUGUGAAAAUGGGUUGUAGGAUGUUUUCAGAACACUGUUCACUUGCAUGAUACAGUGGUGGGCCUGCAGUAAUAAUUCAGUUCUGAGACAUACACUUCUGCUCCUAUGCUGCAAAAUUCACUCUACAAUCGUAUUGCAGUACAGAGUGCCAGUGUUCUGCUUCAAGCAGUAUCAAGUGCAAUUUAUGCAAUGGAUGUUCAAAAAUUAAUUGGUAGGUAUGGGCUCUGCUUUAGUGAUUAUUGCUGGUAUUUGUUGCACUAAGUUGUUCUGUGUUGACUUUCCAGGAGAGACUUGAGCAAUCCCCUUGUUUUUUCUGACUGUAUAACUAACACUGUAAAUGUUUCUGGAGUCUGCUAAAAAUAUUGGGAGUGUUUUUUUUUUUUUUCUUAUUGUUAUAUAUAGUUGCGGAAGGAGCAUUUUAUAGCUUCAUGAAAACCUUGCUAUUUGCCUGCUUUAAAAGUGUAUAAUAGAGCUUCUGUUACGUUGAUGACUUUCAUGAAUAAGAAACUUUCCCUUGUCUUCCAAAAUGAUUGACUUAAAAUACUGCUUGAAUUCCUAGAUUUGGGUUAAACAACUUCUGUUUUUAUUUGGAGUUGUAUCUGCCUACACCUCUACAACAAAAUGGAGAAAGCUCAACAAAUGGAUCUAAAAAAAAUUUUACGUCUUUUGUCUUUUUUUUUCCGCUCUGUAAUGACAUUUCAACUAAGUAAUACAGUCAAGGCAGUGAUUCAGUAAUGUGCUAUUAGGUCGCAGGGAACUGUUUGUCUGCCUGUAGCAAUCUGUCACUUGGCACUACUGUUUCUAGAGUGAGCCAGAGCCUAAAGAAUUUGGAAAGUAUUGUAGUUGUUAGCUCUUCUCAAAGUAUCUUCUUGUAGUAAGAUCAGAUACUACUUAGGCUGAAAUAAUAGAACUGUGUCUAAGGAUAUCUAACCUAAACAGAAUAUUUAAAGUAUCUUGGCAUUUGUCUUUACAACAUAGAUUGACUUUUUUUUAAUGUUUAACUUAAUGUGUAACUGAAGUCUUUGUUUUCCAAGGCUGUAAUUUGGGUUUAAUCUUUCCCCACAGACCACUGUUUAAAUGAAGGGCCUUAAAGUGUUGAAGUUGCAACAGGAAAACAUUUUGUAUUCUCUUUAGGCAUGUGGUCAUUUGAACUUGUAUCAGAUUUUAGGUGGAGGCAUCUGGACGCAAGUGAGGUAUCUGCCAUACGUGAUGUGCAAUUCAUUACUGGCAGAAAUAGCCGUGGCUUCUCUGUUUCUUUUCAAGGCCCUGGAACUGACAGUCUGUCUCGUUCACACUGGAUAUCAUAGUCUGUGUUCUGUCUUCCACUUCUGUGAUCUUAGGCAAAGAUUCUGUACUUCAGAAGGGCUUGUUUGGGUUUGUUACCUCGUUCUUGGUACGGGAAGGGCUUCUCAUUUUUCUGAGCUAGCAGUCUUUGGAUCUGUGGUUUAACUCUCUUCUAAAACGCAAGUAUUGGGUAGGUUACAGCUGAACUUGAUAAAUCUGGAUGUAGAAAAUAGACUGGAGGAUGUCAGGGCGUAUGGAUACUUGUCUCAGAGUUGUUUACUCCAAGUCUUGUAAUUCUUAUCCUGGAAUCAUUCCAUGUGUUCUUUGUUGGUAUGGGGUAGGUGGCCUGCUUGACCUUGUUACAUGGGACUAUCCCAAACUCGCUACCACCUAAUAAACUUUUUGAAGGCUCAAAAUACUCCUGCUAUAUCAAAACAGAUUAGAAACUUAAAACUUCCUCUUUAAACAGAAACAGAACUUAAGGUACACAGGUUUUAGUCCAUAGUCUGUCAUUCUUCCAUAAUCUAGCGGGCACCCAGAGUCACAGGUUGUUGGCUACUCAGGUUUUGGUAUUUUCGCCCGAUAUUCCCCUCUGAACAGGAGAACUUCCCAGCACAAAGUUUUAACAAUGGUAUAUUCCUAUGGGAAGCCUCUGCUGUGGGUGAAUUGGUCUUGCCAUGCUGAAGUAGGAACUCCUAAAGGUUUAAUUCUAGCUGGUCAGCGAACAGGCAAGUGCAGGGUUGGCAGGCACCAUUGUCAAGAAGCACAUAUUACUUCAAGGUUAUUUCUAAAUAAUCAGUUGCAUGGAUUGCAUGUUUGGGAGUAGAGAGGGAUAUGGAGGAAAAAGUCCUGCUAUUCUGGGUAUUGUUUGGUGCUUUGAAUCAGUUCAUUCGAGGCAACUAUUUGUUCCUUUCAUGGAUGAGGACGCAGUUCAGCAGAUCAGAGGCAGGCAUGAGGUACCUGGAGUACUUGGUGGGACUGCCUCCCACAAGCUGGUGCUUUAUGGCAUGGAGUAUUUCUUUAAACCAUUCUACUGAAUAUUUUUGACGUCUGGGGCCUUGGUAUGCUUGUGUAGCUGGUAUUCUUCCCUCUGACCAUAUUCUGCAAGUUAUAAUUUAGUGCCAGCCUUUUGGGGACCGGAUUUUAAGCUUUUAGCCCUGGACAAUAAUUACUGUGCUGUUGAGAGGCUGAAUUGGGGCAGGGGUCCUCAGUGCCAACUUCUCUGCUACCACCAAAGUUAUGUUGACCUAGUUUAGCUGAUGCUCAGAGAGGAGUCGUGACCUGUCAGGCAGCAACAGCUUGGAGGCACUUGGCAUGGUGAAGCAGGUUGUAGGUGGCAUUUUAUCCUUGAAGUUGCAAAUUCCCCUCUGCAUGUGCUGUGGUAAAACCUUCAGCCAGUUUGGAAGGCUUUAAUCUAUUUGUAAGUUAUGUUAUCUACAGGUUGACCUCAGAUCCACUGCAAGCCUGGAAAUUCAACUAUGCGAGUAAAAGGAAUGACUCUGGAGAACUUGCUAUGCCUGUGCUCGCUCCCCAGCUGGGGAAGCUACUCCAGUUGGUUGUACGCUGCACAACUCUGCUGAGAUCUGAUCAUCCUGCAGGAGUCUAAGCUUACGUUGCUAUGAGGUCAGUAUGUUAGUCUGGUUUUGGGGAGGAGGGGGAGAGAAAGAGAGGAGACUUCUGUAUGAAGAUGAUCUGAUUUCUCUUCAGCUUUCAUUGCAUUUCCUUUUGAAGGAGGGCUUUUCUGACUUGUACCAAGGUGAAUGAAAUCAGUUGGGGUGUGAGCCUGGGCUCCAGGAGCAUCGAGCAUUCAUCUUUCUAAUCGGUGUCAGGAGUGGCGAAGGGGUUCUCAGCAUCUGGAACCAUGAUUUGCCUAUUCUCUGUAGUGAAGCAGAGUCAGAGCCAGGAGAGGUGAGCAGCUACCUGCAACCCUCUCUGCAUCUUACAUAGUUUUCGCUGGCCAAGCAAAAGUUGUCCUUAAAAGUGAUUUUGCUGGAAGGAGAAUUUGUCCCAUUUUGUUCUGCCCCUCAUCAGGGCUCCUUAGCUCAGUUUCAGCGACGGUUGGGCAAUGCUUCUGGCAGAACAGCCCCUCGUGUGUGGGGAAAAUGGCUUUUGCCUUGCCCUGGCCCAGGAAGCUUGGGUCCGCCUCUGCCGUGGCGGAGCAGCAGAGCCUGUGUCCUCAGGGAUGCACGGUCAAGAUACUCUGGGCAGGACUGAGACCUUCCCUUGCUGCCUCCGACUGCUCAGUGCCGUCUCCCAGCCCCGGCUGCUGGGGAAGAUCUGUGCGCAGGGGAGCAGGGAAAAACAGACCUGCAAGGGAGAGUCAGGGGCUUUGCAGCGCUUUCACAAGGUGUCACACCAGAGGCAUCAGGACUGCUUUUGACCAGAGCUGGAGAAAAGCACUUGAUACUGCCUUUCCUGUCCCCUCCUGCUGCCUUGCAUGCCUGGACAGUAGCACACUUGCUUUCCUACUUCUGUUUCUUUUUGUAGCCAGGUAACUGCAGUAUGCAGGCCGAUGCUGGCUCACGUCAGAGCUGGGGUUUCCUGGCAGCGUGGCUGGAUUCGAGGCUGCAGAAAACUCCCUGUGGUCCUUUCUGCUGUGAGGACUCUAGCUCUAUGAAGCAUGAACAAAACUCACCCCCAGAGAAAUGUUGAUGUAGCUACUUUUGAUUCAACAAAGUCCUUCUCUGAAGAAAGAGGUAAUGAAUAAAAUGCGUAACAGUAUUUUUAUUGCUGAAGUGUAAAUCAAUAGAAACAAUCUCUCUGCCUAUAAAUAGGUGAAAUAUAUAUAGGUAAAAUCCAGGCUCUAUUUAUAAUCUAUUGAGACUGGGGUUUUGUUUGUUUUUUUGCUGCUUAUAGUGAAAUAGCCAGAGUAUAAAAUUAAUAGAGUAAGCUACUUGUUGCUGGCCUGGAGUUGGCAGUCUUACGGUAUUGUAUAGUAGCAUGAUACGUAAUCUUGUUUGGGUACAGAAAAGGCUCAUGAUGAACAUGCAGGCUUUCUGUAUGCCUGCUGUGUUUUUAAUAGCCAAACUUCAGCAGAUCUUGUCCGUUUUAAGAAUGAGAAGGUGAGAUCAAAUACAGUCAGUAGCAAACCUGUAUAUCAAGUUGCAACAGCAUUUCAUCGUUCCAUUAUUUUCAUAUUCAAAGCCUAUUUGCAACUGCUCUGCUUUGUGGUCAAAGGUAUUGUCUUGUAGACGCAGAUAUCCUGUCAUUCAUUGCUUAUCUUUCUAAGCUGAAAUGUUUUGCAUUUGAUUCCUGUUCAAACAUAAAGGAGAGUAUGGCUACUGCAGCCAGAACCCUAUUGCAGUGCAGCCGAAGGCUCUGUCCUUAGUUAUAUUUGUACAACGUAGAGCAAGUAGGUGAAUAGAAAACACGGUUAAGGCAAAAAUUGCAACUCUUUGGUCAAAGCUCUUUAUAUUCAGAAAUAUAAAAAAUCAGUUUGUAUAUACAAGGUUGCCUUACGCAGUUGCAGGUGUUUCUCAGAUGAUCAAAUUCAUUUUUUCCUGUUAUUCUAGAAAUAAGCAGGAAUCCAAGAAAGCACAAUGCUGGGUUUAAACACAAAGCGCUAACAUUGCAGGGAGCUGAGAUCAGGAUAGCCUUGCUCUUAUGUGUGCUGCUUUUGUGUUGCAAUAACUGUGGUUUUGGCCUUUCACUUCCGGAUUUUGCUUGAUUUACGUAUGUAACUUUCUUAAGGUUAGGCUCCCUGGAAGGCUGUUACCUUUUUUACCCUGGUGAUGACUGCGGUCUUGGGGAGGGGGAGGGCUGCUCUGCAACCAGUUCUCAGUGUUCUGAACUGAUCAUUAAGCCUCUUUGCAGGGAGCGUUAGACAAGACUGGCGGUCCUAGUCGGAGCAAAAAGCCAUGGUGCCGCAAAAUGAGAUUCUACCUCUUGGAGCGUUUUGCCUUGGACUCUAGGAGGGCACUCUUCCAAGCCACCACCAACCAGCUUUCUUACCUGCUUUGUGUUUCAGCUGCUCUCCCCUGUGAAAACAGCAUCAUUGUCUUGCAGUGUAGCGCUGGAGAGUAGCAUUCUUCAUCUUGCUCUCUGAGUAGUUUGGGUGAAGGAGGUGCUGCAGCCUGAACCGCACUUUGUUGCCUUUGAAUCAUUUCACCAGUUCAUACAGCUCUCAUGCAGCAGUGCCUGUGUAAUGCUGACCUACUCACAUUGCUGAGCAGGGAUUUUUGUGGCGUUUUACUUCUGUGGUGCUGCAACAAAAUUGUAAGCUCUCUGACAGAAGUGCUCUGUUUUUGCUUUACGUCCCAGUGCCUGCUCUGAUAAAGUAGAGUAGACCUUUUUGGCAGUACGAGAAAUAUACUUUCCUAUGAGGAGGUAUCUAACAUCACCAGUCCCAUGCGCAGAGCCCCCUAAAAUGUCACCCUCACAGCUUCCUAUGCCGUUCCCUCUUCAAAACACCCCAGCCCUGCUCAGCACUCCCGGAUCCCCCAGGAGCCUUUCCCAGGUCUUGCUUCCUUGCCUCCCCACAGACUGCUGCCUGGCAGGCAGCGCCUGCGUGGGCUGCACCCAAAGGUGUGUCUGCAUCUGUGCCGUGGCGCUGCUCGUCCUCGCUGCCGUCGCAGCUGUCGUGGGCUUGGCGGUCACGUUGGGACUCCCGCCACGCACACCAGUGAACCGUUUCUGUGUAGCCUCUAAUAACCAGACAGGCUUCUUGUGCGAUGACAGAGUGACUUGUGUCCCAGCCAGCCAGGUCUGCAACAGAAUCCGGAACUGCAGGAAUGGAGAGGAUGAGCAGGAGAAACUCUGUGAUGACUUGCCCAGUAGCCUUCCAGGAUACCUGGUUUUCCGCUGCAGUAACCCUACGUACUGGAUCUACGCUGAUCAGAGGUGUAAUGGGAUGAAUGACUGCGGGGACUGCUCUGAUGAGAUGGAGAGCUUGGCUGCCUGCCCUCCUUGUGGAUCUGAGUGGUGGAGCUGCACCCCCGUGCUCUAUGAGUAUUGCACUUGCAUCCCGAAGAGACUGUGCCGGGACAACAUCCAGCACUGUGCAAGUUGGUCUGAUGAGUAUAUCUGCAAACCGUGAAAUUUUGGCACUGAGAAAUGUUGGAUACCAUAGGGCACGUUCUGUAUUGUCACCUUAAAGCCUUGUUGUCUUCCUGCUUUGGCACCCGCUCUUGAAGCUCUAACCUGAGCAUAACCUGAUCAGCAGUUCUAGUAGGCGUGCAGCAACACUAAAAAGGGACAGAAGUGCUGCCCUUGGUAACCAGUGCUGCAGGCUAGACAUGAAUUUUGGGACACCUUCACAGGUCAUGUGAAGGUGAGUCUUUUCUACGUGACUUUUCUACUGGAGAGACAAAGCACUCAAUACAGAGUCUUGGCCCUCUCGUAGACCUUUCGGGGAGAGGAAAGAAAUGAGGAAACACGAGUAAUAAUGACCCUAGUUUCCUCUCUCUGCAAAUCCUCUUUCCUUACAGCCUAGAUGAGGAAGACUGUCACCAUGAAAGAAGCUUCCUUAGCAUCUUCAGAGCUCCCAGCUCUGUGAAACUGGGUUGCACAGACCCUGUGCUCUUCACAGAGUUUAAAAACAUGCCAGUUCUGAAGCUUAGCCAGCACCACAGUUGCUGUAAAACUGUUUCUAGCUGGAAUUGGGGGGGGUGGUGGGGGGAGAGAUUAAAAAAUAUAAAUUUAAAAUAGGCAACAUAGAUUCAAUACAUCAGCUGGUUGUGUGCGGGACGGAGACUGUUUAAUAGCUGCUGCCAACACGGACAUACUUGUGUCUGGCCAAUCUUGGCUGAGGUGCUUCUCCUGUAUUGAAACCCUGGUGCCUUUGAAGGGAGUUAGAUGAAGGGACUGUGAAGGUUCAUUGAAACCUAUCCUGAACGGCAAAUCAAGUGGAGUUGAGUGACAUGAGUUUGUCUAGCCCUGAGUUUAGAGUGAGAAAGGAAAAAGCUAAAAAAAAAAAGGCCAGUCACUGUCCUGGAGUGGUGAGCAGGGGAAAGCUGAGUGUCGCAUCUGCUGCUGGGGUGGCUGUGGGCAUGAUGGAAUCCAUUCUUUACUCAUUUAAUUCCUGUGCGAGUAGAGUAGGAUCAGUCAGGCAAACCUUCGAAGCAGUCCUCAGGAUUUAGAUACAGACAUGUCACUGAAAUUUAAGAAAGAUGUAGUUGUCUUCUGCUCCUUUGAAAAACUUUGUGUCUAAAACAUCAUGUCUGAGAAACAUUUAUUGUGAGCGCACACGCUUUUCUAAGUCCAAAAUAAACUUCAGGCAAUAUUCUUCCCACCACCAACCCAGGUCACGUAUCUUUAAAUAUAAAAACCAGUUCACUCAUUUCCUCUCUGUCCUGUGAUCUGAAAUGUGACAUGUCGCUAUGACUUGUAUAAACUGUGAAUGUUUGUUCUAAUUUGUAACUGGGAUACAGCUGUACAUCUGAAAGAUCUUUUAAAAAUAGCUUUACUGUAUUCUGACUCAUACUUCAUCUUGAAUGAGAUGGUAACAAUUCUGCAUAAUGGAACAGGUACUAUGGGAACCUUUUAAAUCUGUAUUUAAUUACCUGUUCUCUUUCAUACCUAGCUAGGAUGGAUGCCUUGCUUUCUGUGUCUGUAAAACAGUACUGCAGUGUAUUUAGUGCUGCAGCUCAGAAGAGAGGUUAUGAGUUUUGUAAGUAAACAUUUCUCACUUUCAA